GAGAACUCUAGUCUUCAUCGACUAUAAGCUUUAAUAAUUGUAUGUGCAGUUAACGACCGAAAAAGUCUGCUACAUUGGUAACACUGUACUGAAUGAGAUAUCAGACUAAGCAUUGAUCGUCAUGGGAACAUGAAACGAAUCUUCGGUUAUACUAAAAAUGGUUUGGAUCUGAACAUCUUUGACAGGUCUGGAUGAUAAGCCAGCAACCAUGACUCGGGUCGAUUUCUCAAGAUGAAUAAACAAGUGUUGACGUUGUGUUCUUGACCAUGGAUAAUGUGUCAGACACCAAACGACCAUUCACUCCUGAAUUCCUCAGACUACUGAGAAACAAUAUAAACAAGGAUUAUCUGAAGUCGUAUAAGGGGUUUCUAAGAAUGGCACAACUUGUUACCUUGGUGACGGCUUUUUCUGCGCUUGCGCACUACAAGAUAAUCGUAUCCUCUACAAAUCUAAUGUAUUAUAUAUUCAUGACGGCUACUACUAUUAUCUGUCUGGCAAACUUGGUUCUUUUCUGCGUGUCUUUCUUUUCGCUGGACAAAAAGAAACUACCAAUUACUUCAAAAAAAUUUAUAAUCAUAUAUUCUGCAUUUUCUGGUCAUCUGCUGUUGGUAUUGUCGUCUUUAUUGGCUGUUGAGGCAGCACAAGUCAAGAGUAAUACAACUGUUCAAUCCAUCACUCAAAAGUGCAUUAAAUGCAGCAAGAUUAACAUUGCCGCGGUGUUUGGCUUUCUUUCGUGGAUUCUUUUUACAGUGGAACUGAUUCAAAAUCUGAUGCAAUGUAGAUGUGGAAAAACAAAAGUUUCUCAUGUUGACGUUCAGGAAUUUGAGACUGCUGAACAUAUAUAACACUCAUUCACUUGUAAAUAAUGCAAGUUUUUUGAUAGUCUUUUGUAUAAAUGGUACAAAAAAAGAUAUCCCAUUAAGCAAGCAGCUGGACUUGUUCGGCUGCUGAUAGAAUAAUGAAAUAAGAGAGGAACCUACAAGCUACUAAAGGAUGUCGACAGGAUACCGACAGGAUACCGACAAGAUACCGACAGGAUACCAACAAGAUACGAAGAAGCUGUGAAUGUAAUACGACAAGAUAUGAAAGAUAAAAAUGAAGUAGAGGCUGGUUUGCAGUCACUGUGCAAGACACGGAACAAAACCACGGUCAACACGAGCCUGCGUUUCUCUUGGUCAGCACGCACAACAAAGAAACGCACUGCGCAUGAUUCGAGAAACAGUAGAACUAUCCAGAAGUAUCCAGAACUAAAACAUUUGUAAAUAUGGAAAUAUUAAUGUCCAUACUGCAAGAGAGUAUAGUAUGAAAUAAUUGUUUUUGCAAUUCAUCUCUGCUUUGAUGCGAGAGUCCCGUGUCCCCCCAAAGAAAUGAUUAAAAGAGCAGUUUUCGUAUGACCGUAAAAA